GUCGGGUUUACUCGAUACAUGCAAGGGGAGGAGAGCACUACGCUUAGAAGCCUUGGAGACCCUUUUCCUUCUGGUGUUGGUUGAUCUUGUUCUCCGACCAGUUGCGGAUGCCCUUGCGGUGGCUGUUCCAGCCCUUGACGUUUUCUUCGCUGAUCACAGGGUUGCCGCGGUUGGCCUUGUUGAAGUGCACUUCAGGCGACGCGGCAAGGUACCGGGCGCUGCUGAACGCGGUCAAGCAGAGGGCACCACCGAUGACGGCAAUGAUCGGGUACGCCUAGUUCGAUCGGGGAAUCUCGUCAGAUCGGGAUGAAUCAAGCAUCGUUCCGACGUACGGCGGUGUCGCGGAGCCAAGCUUGGGCGAACGUCGUAGCUUUGCGGGAGGCCAUCGUUGUCGUGUGUGUGUGUUGGAAGGGGGCAAUCAGGAACUGACUGGUCGGGUUCACUCGGCGUCCUUUACCACCACCGAGACGUUUGAAACCCACUCAUGCGUUUCAAGCGAUUUCAUUGGAGGCACCAAAUCGGAUACGGUUUUUCCACCAAUCGAAUUUCAUUGAAACCGGAAGAGAGAGAGAGGUGUGUGUAACUCCCCCGCGAUUGGACAACCAAACGGCGUGUGAAGUGGGCUACACGCCCUGGCAGGUCUCUCGACGAGGGUGAGCGUGUUGAACACACCCUUUCGCUUGUGGCUCGGAGCGGGCGCUCACCUUUUAGGCAAGGGGUGCAGCAGAACGCUCCAUUGUGAAGCGCUCGUGUGGCAUGGAGUUGGGUUGGGGGGUCAACCCUCUCCCGACAGGAUGUUGAUUCGACCUCGUCACUUUGUUGACGGACUCGGGGGUUCACCCGUUUUAUACUGCCGACAUAGCAGCAGUUAUAACAAACUGUUCCACUGGAUUCUGGUGGUACUUGGAUAGAAAAAGCAACAUGUUUUGCAUAACAAUUUUGUUGAAUUUCGACGACAUAUUUGGAUGGAGCUUUUCGGACGUUUAUAAAACGUGUUAUAUCAAUUGUAGCAAACGGACUUUGCCAAGCGUAACAAGUUGAUAGAAUCCACCAAUCACCGCGUGUAUUCGACACGCUUCGGUAUCCGGACAAGACGCGACGAAUCCUGCGAUGGACAAGGACCUGGAUGCGCUGCUCCUGACGAGUCUGGAUGCGACGGCGCAAUACAGUCGCGCGACACUAGAAGCAUCCAACACCCUUCGUGCUGCGUUCUUCAAACUAUCGGCAGCAAAACGCAGCGUGGCAACGGAUGUUCUGUCGUCCUUCUCAUUCAAGGAAACUUUCGACGCCACGACUGGGGUGACCGUCGCGGAUGAAGCGUACCGCGUUCGCAAGGAUUGGAACCAAGAACAAGAUGCAAUCUUGCAACAUGAAAAACGUGCGGCGGAAACGACGUCGUCGCUCUCGACGGAAGCCGCCCUCCGACAUCGAAAGCAAAAGCAGGCUCCUGCAACGUCACAAGUCGACUCGACUGUGGACGCAGUUGCAACAACGACAACUCAGUCAACUCUACCCACGCCCAUCUUUUGGUUCGCGCCCAUGCCGUCGCAAGACCUUCGCGCGGCCCAAGCUCAGUUCUCUCAAGUCCUCGAGCAGUACAUUCAGACCGCUACGUUGGCACGACAGGUCACCGACGCCGUUCGCGCUGUCCGCCAUACAUCUCACAAGUAAUUCCUCAAUGCAUCACCUCUAUGUCUUGCUUUCCGUCGUCGCGGUGACGAUGGCACUGAGCGCACCUUUACAUAUUUGUGUUUCA